AUGGAUCACCAACAAGAAAUUGCAGAAAUUUUAUCUCAACACUCACAACAACCUGUAGAGGAGUUCAACAAGAACAACUUCUCACAGCACAACAGUCAAUUCCAAGCUCCAGCUGGCGUAAGUUUCCAUCUAGAUCUAACAUUUUAGGGACAGUAAUAGAACAUCCUCCAAAAUGCAAACAAUCUUGCAUCUCAGUACAGCUACUUCACCUAGACUCAAGGACCACUCCCAGAGCCACUUUUGGAAGAAAAUCCAAACAGAUUUGUUAUCCUACCUAUCAAAUACAAUGAUAUCUGGAAAAUGUACAAAGAUCAAAUGGCUGCAUUCUGGACUUCAGAAGAAAUUGAUCUAGCUACUGAUAUUAAGGAUUGGGAGAGACUCAAUGACAACGAGAGACACUUUAUUAAGCAUGUUCUAGCCUUCUUUGCUGCUUCUGACGGUAUAGUUAAUGAAAAUUUGGCUCAGAGAUUCUGCACUGAAAUCUAAGUGCCUGAGGCUAGAUGUUUCUAUGGAUUCCAGAUGAUGAUGGAGAACAUCCACAGUGAAACUUAUUCUCUUCUUAUUGACACUUUAAUUAGUGACCCACAAGAAAAAGAAUUUCUCUUCAAAGCUGUCCACAAUAUACCAGUAGUAGCUAAAAAAGCUGAUUGGGCACUCAAAUGGAUUGGAGAGACCGCUCAAUUCGCCGAGAGACUUGUAGCCUUCGCAGCUGUUGAGGGCAUAUUCUUUUCUGGCUCCUUCUGCUCAAUUUUCUGGCUAAAGAAGCGUGGUCUUAUGCCAGGUCUCACAUUCUCAAAUGAAUUGAUUUCAAGAGACGAAGGUAUGCACACCGAUUUCGCGUGUCUCCUCUACAAGCACAUCAACAAUAAAAUCUCCAACGAGAGAAUCCUUGAGAUUAUCUCCAACGCAGUAACUAUUGAAUUGGAGUUCGUAAGUGAGUCACUACCAGUCGAGUUGAUCGGUAUGAACUCAAAACUCAUGAGUCAGUACAUCAUGUUCGUUGCAGACAGACUUCUAUUUGCCCUAGGAGUACCAAAGUACUAUCAAGUCGAGAAUCCAUUUGAAUGGAUGGACAUGAUUUCUUUAACAGGCAAAACUAACUUCUUUGAAAAGAGAGUCGGUGAGUACCAGAAGGCCAACGUUAAACAAACAAAGGAGGACAAGGUUUUCACUCUUGAUGCUGACUUCUGA